AUGGCUCGUGCUCGGGCCGAAGCCUGGUGUGGUCUGACGAUAACUACAGGUGCAAUAGGAUUAGUGCUUUGGUUGUCAACACCUCGCUGCUCUGAUUAUCUACACGACCAGUCGCAAAUCAAGUUCGGGUCCGGGUCUGCGAUCCAGAAUUAUGAUUUCAUUGCGGAAACCGCAGCUUUGAUUAUCAUUCUUGGCGUUACCGAGAGUGGGAUUGCGUUAUUUCAUGCUCUGCUUCAACAGGGUAUAGCUGAGAAGACAGUUGUUUCACUCGCGUGCGGGUUUUCCUUCAUCAGCUGGAUGUGGGCUAGGGUUCUCCUCAGCUAUCAUCGCCGUCCAUUCGCGAGGCGAACCCUUACUCGUCCUUCAACCCACUUUUGCAGCCUUGCUGUCCUUGAACUUGUUGUCGCACUCAUGGUUCUUUCUCGCACGACAAAACAGUGUAAUUUAAAUAUACAGGAUGAUCAUGACUUUUGUUGGGUUCGAGGAGUUACUGGAGGUUUGUCAAUGGCUCAUUGA